AUGUCGAACACUGCUCUACAGAAGGCCAUCGAAUUGGUGACAAAAGCCACCGAGGAGGACACCGCCGGCAAGUACGACGCGGCGCUGAGGUUCUACGAUCAGGCCAUCGAGUACUUUUUGCACGCUAUCAAAUACGAAUCACAAGGCGAUAAGCAGAAGAAUGCGAUACGUGACAAAGUGGCACAGUACCUUAAUCGCGCCGAGCAGAUAAAAUCGUUUUUGAAGGAUUCGAAAAGUCAGAAAAAGCCGGUGAAGGACGGAAAAGACUCGUCGGACGAAGAUGAUGAUAAAAAGAAGUUCCAGGACAAACUAUCGGGUGCAAUCGUUAUGGAGAAGCCAAACGUGAAAUGGAACGAUAUCGCCGGUCUGGAAGGAGCGAAGGAGGCGUUGAAAGAGGCUGUCAUUUUGCCAAUCAAAUUCCCACAACUUUUCACUGGUUAG